AUGGGAACGGAACCCAUGGCCACCAUCUGCCAGUUGCUGGAUGAAGGUGUACUCGAACCUAUCCGUCGUGGCGAAACGGUCAAGUCGACAUUGAAGAGAUCUCGUGUGAGGAGGCUUCGUGACUGUUCCAUGCUUGAGAUAUUGGAGGACGCCGCCACAGCUGAGAAUGAACCCGGUGAUGAUGCCGAUGGUGAUGCCGAUGGUGAUGCCGAUGGUGAUGCAACAGACGAUGUGACCAUGACUUAG